AUGAGUGCUUCCAGGCAGAACGACGACGAUGAUGAUGAUGAUCCUUCCGUAUUGCGGGUAGCCUUGUGUCAGCUCCCCGUGACAAACGACAAGGCCCAGAAUCACCAAACGGCAAGGGAGUAUCUUAAUCGGGCGGCUAAUCAGGGAGCAAGGCUUGUGGUUUUGCCGGAAAUCUGGAAUUCCCCGUACGCAACGGCCGCCUUUCCAGAGUACGCCGAACAGUUGCCCGACGUUCUCGCUCAAGAUGGUGACGGACACACAGGCGUGUACGAGUCACCUUCGGCCGAUCUCUUGCGCGAGAGCGCCAAAGAACACAAAUUGUGGAUUGUCGGAGGCAGUAUUCCCGAGCGUGAUGACGACGAUAAAAUUUACAAUACCAGUCUGGUAUUUGAUCCUCAAGGAAACCUGGUGGCGAAGCAUCGCAAAAUGCAUCUCUUCGAUAUCGACGUUCCGGGGGGUAUUACCUUUUUCGAGUCGGACACCUUGAGUCCUGGAAACACUGUGUCCCACUUUGCCACCCCGUGGGGCAACAUUGGAUUGGGCAUCUGCUACGAUAUACGAUUUCCAGAAUACGCCAUGCUCUUGGCCAAAGAGCACGACUGCGGAAUACUAAUCUACCCAGGAGCCUUCAAUCUUACCACUGGCCCGGCUCAUUGGGAGUUGCUGCAGCGUGGUCGGGCCGUGGACAAUCAGUGUUUCGUCUUGACGGCUUCGCCCGCGCGUACCGAACCUCCUUCAAAGGCCGGUCUGUAUCCCCACUACACAGCCUGGGGUCAUUCGACCGCGGUGUCUCCGUGGGGUGAAGUGAUUGCAACGACGAAUGAAAAGGCCGGCAUUGUUUUCGCGGAUCUAGACCUGUCCAAGGUUACGGAAAUGCGAACCUCCAUUCCGAUUGGCAAGCAAAAACGAACGGAUCUCUAUCAGCUAGUUGGAAAAUCCUGA